CGUCCCCCCCUCACCAUGCAUCCUACACCCUCUGCUGACACUCUUAAAACAUGUCUCACUCCCCGCUCACCCCCACGCAAACGCACGCCCUCUUCGACAUCCUAAUUCACCACCAACUGUACGCCGAAAUCUGCGCCUUCAAGUACCCCCCCGCCAUUCAGCAAUAUGGAUACCCGUUCCGGAAACCGGACGGCGUGCAGACAACAAGCCCGCUGCUGCAAAAUAUGCUGAAUAAGUUUGUUCUGCGGCUGCCCGGGUUGAAUAGUGUGGGGCAGGGGUUUUGGGAAGAGAAGGUUAGCAUGCUGGUUAUGAAGAUGGGGGAGGCGGAGUUGUCGGAGAGCUAUGAUAAGGGGGCUAUUGGGGCUCGGAAGGCGCUGGCGACGGCUAUAAGUAGUCUGUUGGAGUAUGUGGCGAGGGGAAUGUUGGGGGGGUAUCCUGGGGGUCCGAGGGAGAAGGGUGGGGAAGAGGAUGAGUAUGACCUCACGAAAGCCGAGAAUGUAUUGCAGGCGUGGGAUGAUGGGAUGCGUGAACUGAUAUAUGGAAACUUGCUAGACGAGCUGUUCGAAAGAAUAGCCGAGACCGGGAAACUGGAGGACCAUUCCAGUCUCGUCCAGGCGGCGCACGAGUACAUCCUGUUAAACCUCUCAUCCUUCCUCCACCACGUCUUCAUCAUGUCCCCCGACGGGCAAUACAUCCUCCGCCUCAUUGAAAACGUUCACCGCCUGGUCCCGUACUAUGCCGUCAAGCAGACGCUCAAGGUCGGCAACGCAGCCACCAUGAUCAACGGCAUGGUAAAACUCGUCCUUACAAAGCUUUCCGUAACCGCCGUCACAAAUUGGCUUGGCUGGACCAACAGCACAAAUGACGGCAUGAACCUCAUGCAGCAAAUCCUCUCCACUGUCAUGGCCUGGGACACUUCGGAAUUCCUUCGCCGCGCGCAAAAGCUCGAGUCCGGCCGCGACGCCCCUAUUAAAGCGGUCUUUAAAGCUAUAAAAUCCUACGUCUACGCUUCUCGCGAGAAACACGACGCCGCACGUGGCAUCUCGAUGCAAGAAUCUAAAUCGAUAAUCGCCGUGAUGCUCGAAUCUGCAGAUCCACCUGUUGCAACUGAGUCAUUGACUGAACACCAACACGAUAUCGCCAUGGAAUAUUUCUCGACUAUGUUGUCCAUCCGGGACCGCGAGGAGCUCACUAAGAUCCUAUGUAAACUACAACCUGAUCUGCUCACCUCGGCAAUUCGAGAACUUGUGAGCGCAUACGACCCGAUAAUCCGAGGCGUCCAUAAUGCUGUGGAUCUAUCAUCCACUCUUAAUGACCUUGAGAACUUCCUUACAGAUUUGAUUAAAAUCUCCAAGCCGAAGAAACCGAAUGGAAACGGCACAAGCAACUGCAAUAGUAGAACAGGGAGUCGGACAAAUAGUCGAACUUCCUCUCCGACCCCAAAUGCUAGUGUCCUAGAAGCCGAGCCAAGUACCCAUACAGGCAUACCUACAGUCGAAGACUACGUCCACCUCCUUCGAAAACAUAUUCCCUCCGUUCAUAAAUUCCUGCAUCAAGUCGCAAAAAACGCGCCAGAGCUGGCGAAUCAGUACCGCGAAUAUGCGAAAGUGUGUGCGGCCGAACUACGGGUCCACAAUGUGGGCACAGAAGCCCAUCCUCCAAAACACGUUGAAAAGGGACGAGGGGAGGAAGGAGCAGGUGCUGGAGCAGGCGAUAUGACAGCCCCAUUAACAUCGCUAUUUUCAAGCCUAUCUUCGGUUAAACAAGAUGAACUCCGCGCUCUUCUAGACCACCACUCCAAACACUUAAGACACCUAAAGUCUACAUCGACAGCGCGACUCAAAACGUUGAUCGCGCAUACUUCCCGCCCCUCCUCAAGCAACAGUACCAGCAACCUAAACCCUAACCUCAACCCCUCCGCCAUCCCCUCCGCCAGCUUCAACACCACCCCCAACCCCAACGUCAAUUCCGCCACGAACGCUACUACCACUACUAAACCCCACCAUCUGAGAGGCACAACCCACGGCCCCGGAAUGUACCUUUCCCGUUGGCACUCCCUCCUCGACAGCACUCUCGUCACGCCCGCCACGCUCUCCGGGCCUGUCCGCCACGGCUGGGAGGUUAAGGGUGAAUUGGAUGGGAAUGGUGCGAAAACUGAUAUGAUGUUAGGGAAUGGAAAAAGGACGGGCCGAAGGACAGCCAGAGUUGGGAGUGCUACUCUAAGGGAUGGGACAGGCGACGUGGUGGAGAGAAGGGAAAGGAAGAGGGAUGGGAUUGAGGAGGUUAUGACAGAAGCUGUCUGGGAGGGGAUGAGAGAUGGAUGGGUUAGCGUUUGUAGGGGGCUGGAGGUUAUGGGGGAUUAAGGAUGGGUUGGUAGAGUUUGGGGUUGCGAGAAGUAUAAGCAUGGCAAACCGAUGAUGAGCAGGCUUGUAUAUCAUGGAAUGAUUGUAAUGGAUAAGAUUGGAAUAAGUUGGGAAUGUGCUUCUUGUACAUGUACAGGCACGGUACACAUAGAAGGGCUUUCAGAACACCCUCCUGUAGACUCGGCAUAAACACCUUGGGCUAGCAUAGACGUCGGGCUUGUGAGUAGCUCAUAUCUGAACAAU